CAUGCGCAGCAGCCGGCCGCCCUUGCGUCGGGGCUCGGGGCAGCCGGGGCCAUGGCGGCUCACCGUGCGCGGCUCUGGGCCCGCUGGGCGUUGUGCGCUCGGGGCCCAGGCCGAGUCCAGCGACCCGGCCUCAGGCGGUUCUGCUGCUCAGGGACGGCGGCCGCCGACGUGCGCCGGGAAGAGCAGGCCCCUGGCGGCGCGGAGACAGGCCCUGUGGACCUGACUGCCAGGAAGAGUUUCUCGGAGGUGCAGGAGGGAAGGAGGGAGCAAGCCCAGCGCUCCGUCCUGAUACACUGUCCCAACAAAGUCAGCGAGAAAAAGCUCCUCAAGUAUUUAUCUCAGCAUGGACCCAUCAAUAAUCACUUCUUCUAUGAAAGCUUUGGUCUGUAUGCUGUGGUGGAGUUCUGCCAGCAGGAAAGUGUGCGCUCUGUGCUGAGUGGGGCCCUCCCGCCACGUCUGGGCAGCGGGGAGGCCGCCAUCCCCUUCCGCUCACGGUUCCUCAACCUGCGGCCGAAGCAGGGGCCCAGCCAGGCCUCCGACCUGCCCUGCAUGCAGACCAGUCACCAGCUGCCGCCUUCCAGCAAGAAGCUGUUUGAGCUGCUUUGUCGUGCAGAAAGUGUAGAUGAGCAGCUGAACACGCUGUGGAAGGCGCUGCAGCUGACGGAGGAAAACAUCAGGCUCCGCUACCUCACCUGCUCGCUCAUCGAGGACUUGGCAGCCGCCUACUUCCCAGCCUGCACCGUCAGGCCCUUUGGCUCCUCGGUGAACACGUUUGGGAAGCUAGGGUGUGACCUGGACAUGUUUCUGGAUCUAGAUGACAUUGGAAAACACAGUGCUUCUAAGACCUCAGGGAGUUUUUUGAUGGAAUUUCAAGUGAAAAAUGUUCCUUCCGCAAGGAUAGCAACGCAGAAGAUCCUGUCGGUGAUCGGCGAGUGCCUGGACCACUUUGGGCCCGGCUGCGUGGGCGUACAGAAGAUCCUCAACGCUCGCUGCCCACUCGUGCGCUUCUCCCACCAGGCCUCGGGCUUCCAGUGCGACCUGACCACCAAUAACAGGAUUGCCUUGAAGAGUUCCGAGCUCCUCUACCUGUACGGCUCGCUGGACUCGAGGGUACGGGCGCUGGUGUUCGCUGUGCGCUGCUGGGCCCGCGCGCAUGCGCUCACCAGCACCAUUCCCGGAGCGUGGGUCACCAACUUCGCCCUCACCGUGAUGGUCAUCUUCUUUCUACAGAGGAGAUCGCCCCCUGUGCUCCCAACGCUGGACUCUUUGAAGGCCCUGGCUGAUGCAGAGGACAGGUGUGUAAUAGAAGGCAACAACUGUACGUUCGUUCAGGACUUGAAUAAAAUUCAGCCGUCCGGGAACACGGAAACACUGGAAUUGCUGCUGACGGAGUUUUUUGAAUAUUUUGGCAACUUUGCUUUCAAUAAAAAUUCCAUAAAUAUCCGACAGGGACGGGAACAGAGCAAGCCCGACUCCUCUCCGCUUCACAUUCAGAAUCCUUUUGAAACUUCUCUCAAUAUAAGCAAGAACGUGAGCCAGAGCCAGCUGCAGAAGUUUGUGGACCUGGCCCGAGAAAGCGCCUGGCUCCUGCAGCAGGAAGAAGCCAGCACCCCAGCCCCGCGCCCCUGGGGGCUGGCAGCCCUGCUGCUGCCCUCUGGGGCCGAGGGUGGCGCUCUCCCCAGGAAGCAAAGAAAGCGGCCGGCCAGUGAGAGGGUUAAGAGCUUGCUGGAAUCCAUCAAAGAUAACAGUCCAGAAAAUGUCGCUGGCGCCAGCGGGAAAAGGACGAGUACCCAUGUGUGAUCCUGGUUGCCUCUCCCGAUGUCUUCCCUUGGCCCCCUUGGCCCACUCUGCAGCAUGGCAUAUGGCUGCCACAGAGCAGGUGGA